CUUCUUUGCCAAUCAGAAUGGACGGGUACUCCUUACGUCGUGGCGAUGCCCUUAGCUCCCGUCCUCAUACAUUUUAACAGGCUUUCUAUCUGGUAAAACAGUGUACGGGCGUACUUCACGCCGUGCAGAUCUGCGACACCAGCCGUAAAGGCAGCCUUGGUCUGUACGACCCCAACGUUAUUCCAUUUCAGAGAGGGGCGACAAUACAAACCCGAAAUUAAUUUCUCGACGUUCUGCCAGUAUCACCUGAACAGGAUUCCUUUCUUCUUUACCCUGUUGACUUUUGUACUAGGUAUUAGCCGUCUGCUCUCAAGAUGGAGACAUCCAACUAUACCCGGGACUCGGGUCCACCCAAGAACUGCGAUACAGUCCCCAGAAGUCUCUUUUUCAGAAUCUUUGCCUUCAGCUAUUCCGCUGCUUUACGCUACCACACCGUCCAGCCAAUGCAUUGUAUCCAGCGCAACCAAAACUAUCGCGAGGACAAGCAUGGCGUCAUCGCAGCACUAACUCGCUUCCGUAAGACGAAAUCAGAGGAGCUGAGAUUUGUUCAAGGAGCAGCAACGCUGUCCGGAGCAGCAGUAAUAGGCGUCUUCUCCUGGCCCUCGACAGAAAGAACAGUCUGGAUAGCCAAGAUGCUCUGGAACUGGAGUUUGUUUCUCUCUUUCUUUGCUCUGAUCAGCUCGGCUCACCAACGGCUGCUCCGGCGCUUACCCAAGGACCCGAGUGAUGAGCUCAGCGAGGCCGACCUGGCGAGGUGUCUCAGUCUGUUCUUGCAACCUCCUGUCCCGCCUGGGAAGGGGGACAGGAUGUUCCAGCGGGGGAUCAGCCGCCGUAUGGUCUGGUUCUGGCAGUGUCCGACUAUGCUUAUGAGUUUUUCUUGGGUGUUAUUUCUGAUUGGGUAUACGCUUCACUUGUUGACGCCGGUGUUUGACGCCUCCCUGGCGCAGUUUAAUACGGUUGUGAGUUUGUAUUUUAUGCUUGAUCCCCAUGGGAGCCGUGUUCUAAAUUACGGACAUAUAGCCUGCCAUCGUUACCGUGUGUGGCUGCACAGUUGUGGUUGCCAACUUCUUUUUUUGUGCCGAGCUGUGUCAGAGGCGCAUUUCGAAGGCCAGCCAUGGGAUUAUUGAGACCGGCCCGAAUGUAUCACCAGUAUAGCGUGUGAUACAGCUAGAGAUUUCAUCACACUUGAAGGAGAAGACAGUUUUGCACCAGAUAUAGCAAAG